GUGGAAACGCGGCGCUGUUUACCACCGAGAACGGGCCGCCUGCGCGCAGGCCGCUGGAUGGAGUUGCGGCCAGGCUGCAGGACCAGCGAUUCCCCCCGAGACCCUCCUGGACUGACGGCCUUCCUGAUGCCCGGAGCCGCCAGUCGCCCGGAGCCCAUGGAGCAUCCUCGGCAGGCCUCCUGAAAAGCAAUGGCCGCUGCCUCACCUCUGACCAUCUCACCCUCUGAACGGAAGGUCCCCUUCGGCAUCGCAAAGUCUCCCGGCUGGCCGCCACUCCCCAGCGUCGCCAUGCAUGUCACCCGGCCAAAAUCCGCCAAGGGGCGCACCCGGUCCAGCCUGAGCUAUUCCCAGAGCCUGGGGGCCUACUCCUACCAAGUGCCAUCGUCCCCCCAGCCAGUCGCCCCCCCCGGGGAGGAAGCAGUCAGUGGCCGGAGGGCAGCCUCCACCCAGCCCAUCCAGGCGUUUCCAGCCGAAGUACCGGACCUCCUCCAGCAAGUGCCCACCAGGGCCUCGUCUUCCCUCAACAAGUACCGGGUGCUGCCAUCCAUCAGCAGGAAGGAACAGAGGACAGGUGCUGCCGAAGUGAUGUUUGAGCAGGUGGGUCAGCUCCCAGCCGGUGCCCAGGUGACGGCAGCAGCCGAGGAAGAGCAGGAGCCCCAGGAUCCUUCUCUGCCGAAGGGGCCCACCUCUUUCCUGCUGGAGCACGAGGGGGGAGGUGGAGAGUACCCCCAGGCCCCCUUUGCUCCCUUGGAGAGGCCUCAGAUGAAUAAAAAGAGGGAAGGAGGCUCUCCCACCACCACGCUGACCCUCAACCUGGAGGAGCCCUGCGAGGAGCCCCGGCUGCUGCUGGCCAUCCGCUCGCCUUCGGGGGAAAGGUUCGAACGCUACUUCCGGCCCACGGACAACCUGGAGAUGGUGGUGGCCGUGGCCGAGCAGAAGAAUGCCGCCACCUACCAGCACUGCAGAAUUGGGACGGUGGAAGUGCCCCGCAGGACCUUCUCGGACCUCAGCCGCUCUUUGCAGGACUGCGCCAUCCACCACAAGUCGGUGCUGCGCAUCCUGCUGGACAAGCAGCAGGGGGAGCUCUGAGCAGGAGCGCGGGUGCCUCGCAUUAAACGCCCCUGGAAGGAAACCCAGCCCCCUCCCACUCCUGUAGACCCAGCCGGGACCCCUCCCGGGACCCUCACUCACCCAGGUCUCCCUGCUCAGCCCAAAGGGGCCUUUGCUUUCAGGUGCCCUUGGUCGUCCCCCGUCCCCCCAUUCCACCUGGUGGGCAGGGGUUUUAUGCUGGGGGGAGUUUCUUCCCAUCCCUCAAUCUUUCCUUCCUUCUCCCUUUUCUGAUCCUUCCGUCCCUCCCUGAUUCAAUUUGAUGUGGAUCUAGAAGAGGGGUAAGGAAACUGCUGGCAA